AUGGGGCAAGGUGAAUCAAAGGAGCAAUACGAUAAGUUGAAAGAUAAUGACAACGAAGAUGAACAGCACAAGGAGAAGGAAGAUACUAGUGGUCAAGGCAGACAGAAGCUUAAGUCUACAGUAGACCUGUCGGCACUUGGAGGGCUUGUUGACAAACCUUCUAAGCCAAACCCACCACAGAAGGAUACCAAGAUGAGUAAAGAAGAGGAAGAGAAGGAGAGAAUACGCCAGCUCAGGCUUGAGAGGCUUUCUAAAAGCACACUAGGCAGUCAAGCUUCUAAAGCAGAUGAAAUCCGAAAGAAAAGGACUGAACAAGAACAAAAAAGAAAAUUGGCUGAGGAAAAACUCAAAGAGCAAGAGAAAAAGGAAUUUGAGGCAAAUAAGAAACAGCAAGAAGAAGAUCAAACAAAGAAGGCAGAGCUUGAGCGACAAAGGAAGUUAGAGGAGCAAGCCAAGAAGAAGAGACAAGAGGAACAGCAAAAACAGCAGGAAGUAAAGCAGAAGAAAUCUCCAGAAGCUACAAAGAAAACAUACAUGCAUAAUAUCAUCUGUGAUAGCUUCAAUGUGUGUCUGACUAAAAGAACCAUGGGCAAGGAUUUCAUGCAAGAUCUCUCUAUUAGUAAAACCAUGGAGGGCCAGAGCCUCACCUUUAUUGCAGAUGAUAUGAUCACUGUAAUUUUGUACUGUGUGACUAAGAGAAAGAACCAGAAUAAAUUCAGAAUGCUCUAUAAUGCAUAUUCCUCUGCUAAGAGACAUCUCUUGGCUAAUAAAGUAGAUAUAGAAGAGGUCCUCAAUUAUAUUUGAUCAUAUUUCGCCAUCUUAUAUUCUAACCCUGAAGCAUUGGAGAUAGAGACUACUGAGAAGAAACAGCAAAUUAAGGCUGCAGCUCCUGCUCUGCCAAACAUCCCACCAAAUAUGGGCGAUAAUCCCCAGAUGAUGGCUAUGAUGCAAAUGCUUAUGCAGGCACAAGCCCAAGGAGGUGCUGUUUUUGAAGAAACAUUUACCAAUAUCGAAGACGAGUUUUUCGAUGUUGUUGUGAAUGAUGGCCUCCUGAUUUCUGACAAAGAGUUCAUGGCAAAUGUACUGGAGGAGUGUAAAGAUGAAGCAUUUGACUUGAUUAUCAGAAAGUCCUUCCUCCUUCUUGACAAUCUUAAUGAACUAAAAACUCUGACUAAAGCACUCUCCAUCAUCAAUGUGAUCGGGAGCCAUGAUGAAUUGAUAGAGGAAUUUAUAAACCAUAAAUAUUUCAUACCAGUCGAUGGAAACCUUACAGGCAAGAGACUUCAGAUGGAAACCUUCUUUGGAAGAAUGCUUAGCAUCACUGUUUGGCCCACAGAGAAUCCCAAUAAAAACUUUGAUUUUAAUAUGAGAAUGACUCCUGGGUUAAAGUCAAAGCAGGUAGAUACAAUGAGUGAGAAGUUCUACGCUUUUUAUGAUGGAUUUACUAUGUUUAUGAAGAAAUUAUUAAAAAAUAAAGCAACCAAGAAUAGAGCACUAGAGUGGUUCAGGAUGCUGAUCAACCUCAACACAGAUUACUUCAAAAUGAUGCCACAGUUUGCUUCUUUAUCAUCUAAAUCAGUGUUUUUAAACUCAAUUGCUAUUUUCUUAGAACUGUCUACUCCAUUUGUCUCUAAAAUGGAUAAGUUUCAGACAAUGUUUGAUAAAAUAGACCCUCUAUAUUGUGCUACAGAAAAGCACCUCAAACUCGGAAGUUGAGAUAAGAUAAAUUCUGAGCAAAUUGAGGAAGUAAAGGUCGAUGAUGAUCAUGAGUUCAAUUUCGUCACAGAAUGCUUCUUUAUCACCCACACUUUGAUCAAGAUAGGCUACAAGAAAGUUAUUAAGACGUUCAACCAAGCAGGAGAGCAGCUUCAAUCAGCCUUUGGAACAAUGGAUGCUAAUGCUAUCAGCCCUGCCUUCCAGCAAAUUUGAGGCAUGGAGACUCAUCUGUUUGCUAAGAAGUAUACAUCCAGCCUCUUUCAAUUCCUCGACUUCAGCUGAUUUUAUUUCUGCUUUGUUUCUAGAACUGAACGAGAUGAAGAAGAGAAGGUUGACUUUACAUGGUUUGCGGAGAGAGUCAAAAUAGAAGACAAUGAUCAUCUCCAGAACGAGCUCUGCUACAUUCCAGAAUUUUACUGUGAGAACAUAUCCAAGCUAGGAAUGAUGUAUAGGGUAUUCAGGCCUUCAACAUUCGAGAAAGCAUUAAAUUUUGACGCUCUAAUGUUAUUCUGUCUGUAUGUUAUAAGAACAAAGAAAGUCUCUAACCCCCAUACUAGAGCGGAGACGCUCAAAUUUAUCUGUGAGUUUGCACCUAGAGCUCCUACCUAUGAGUUUAGGAAGGAAGAGCUCAACCUCAAAGGACUUCUGCUACAAAGCAAAUUAUGCAAAAAUUAUCUCCUGGAGAUCAUUACAGAGGCUUAUGGAGAUGUUGAAAAGACUGGGUCCAACUCUCAGUACUACGAGAAGUACCAUUACAGAGCACUUAUAACCCAAGUUCUCAAAUUUAUUUUCAAAGAUAAGCACUACAUGGAACAACUUGUCGAGGUCUGUAUGACUAAGGCAGAUAAAUUUGAAAAGUUCACCCAUUUCUUGAUCAGUGACAUUAAUGAUGGAUUCACUUCAAGUAUUUCCAAGCUGGCUUCCAUCAGAGAGUACGAGGAAGCUAAAAAUAACUGGGAAAGCUACACUGAGGAACAGAAGAAGGAUUUUGAAGAGCAAUUUAAAGAAAACAGUGGUAUUGCCAAGUGGGGAAUGAACAUGGCCAGGUCAGCCCUCGGACUCUGUAUCACCAUUGCUGAACGUGAGGAAUGCAGGAAAGGAUUUAUGUCAGAGGUCAAUCUUAACAGCUUUGUACAAGGACUGAACUAUACUCUUGACUCUUUGAUCAAUGGAGGCAAACCAUCGGAUAUUCGAUACUCCAAAUAACCUUAAUUCUUCCACUCGAUGUAUCUCAAUAAAGAUAAAUAAUCCAAAAGAGUACUUCUUUGAGCCAAAGGUUAUUACUCAAGAGUUAAUUUAUUGCUAUGCCUUCAUGGGAAACUACCAAGAGUUCAUUGACUGAGUUGUCUUAGAUACCAGAAGUUAUAAGGAGAGGAACUUUAAUAAAGCGAUUAGUUUAAUGAACAAAGCUAAAAUCAUGAUCCCAAUGGACAUUGCUGCUAAUUUCCAGAACUUCGUAGAGAAAUGAAAAGCAUCACUAGAGGAAAAUCAAUUGAAAGAAGCUUUCCUAGAUGAUGCCCCAGAUGAAUAUAUGGAUGAACUCUUCUGUGUGCUCAUGGAGAAUCCUGUGAAACUCCCAUCGGGAAAUACUGUUGAACUGUCUCAGCUCAAGAUGCACUUAAUGAACGAUCCAACUGAUCCUUACACAAGAGCCCCACUGAAGCUAGAAGAUGUAGAAGAGAUGCCUGAGCUGAAAGAGAAAAUAUUAAAGUUUAGAGACGAGAAAUUGGCUGAGUUUAGACAAGAGAAGGAAAAGAGACAGAAAAUGCAGGAGGAAGAAGAUGGAGAGAUUGAAGGUUUUGAAUAAGAUCCGCAUUAUUUGGUCGAUUCUAUGCAAGGGUUUGAUGGGAUGUUCUUUGCCUAUCAUUCAGAUACUAUCAGUCACAACUCGGGUAUAAGUUUCUCUAAAACUCUUUCACUUCUGGUUCGUCACC